UGAUAUCGCGUCCAACAAGUUUUCAGGAUUCUUGCCUUCCGCCAUUGGGAAGCUCUCCCGGCUCACUUUCCUGACGGUGUCUCAUAAUCGACUGGAAGGCAAUGUUCCCAAGACCAUCUCCUCCCUCACCAACCUCCAGAAGCUGAGUAUGUUCAACAACUCGUUCUCGGGUGACAUCCCUCCUGCCAUCUAUGGACUCAAGGCGCUCAACUUGCUGGAGCUAGGGCGCAACUACUUCACAGGGUCCUUCCCCUCGCAGUUCGGAGACCUGGUUAACCUCCAGUACUUGGAGGCGAGCUACAUGGGUCUGACAGGCGAGCUGCACUCGAGCCUGGGCAACUUGAAGAAUCUUCAAACGCUCGCUGUGCGUGAGAACGCCCUUCAAGGCAGCAUCCCUGCCAUUCUGGGUCGCCUCGGCGGUUUCACCGUCAUUCAGCUAGGCGGUAAUCAGCUCACCGGCUCCAUCCCUGCUUCCUUCUCCAACCUCGUCAACCUGCAAGGCUUCUACAUGUGGAAUAAUCAGCUGAAUGGGUCAAUGGAUGUGAUCACCAGAUUUACCGCUGUGGAGCAGAUAGCCAUUCAGUACAACCAGUUUACGGGGUCCAUUCCCACAGCCAUUGGGCUGCUGCAGUCACUCAACCACUUUGACGUAUCGAGCAACAAGCUAACGGGUGAAAUACCGACAACAGUACGCAGCCUCAUCAACCUCACCACCUUCAAUGUGUCGCACAACAAUCUCACCGGCUACUUACCUGCCUCCAUGUUCGCCCUCUCCAAGCUCACAAAAAUUGACGUCACACAAGACUCCCCAGGGCUGGUGACAUGCCCGCCAAUUGACGCGGUGGAGUGUGCAGCAGUGACAAGCACUGACGUUGGGGCUUACUGCUUGAUCUGUUCCGACUUCUGCAUCAAAUGCCCCUUUCUGA